GGCCCGGUCCCUCCGCCAUCUUUGUCGGCUCCCCCCAUUGUUCACUGAGGAGACAACAGCGGCGCUAAAUCAGUUCUACUGCGCAUUAAACUCACCGGACGGUGUCACAGGCCGCUGCCCGCGACAGUCGUGGAUUUACACUCAGGGUUGCGACUUGUUCUCGGCCAGCAAGUGUGACAGAAUGGACGAUGACCAGCCCAAGACCCUGUAUGUGGGGAAUCUGUCCCGGGACGUGACAGAGGCCCUCAUCUUGGAGUUGUUUGGCCAAAUUGGACCCUGCAAGAGCUGUAAAAUGAUUGUAGAUACGGCAGGUCAUGAUCCGUACUGCUUUGUGGAGUUCUAUGAGCAUAGACAUGCCACUGCCACAAUUGCAGCAAUGAAUGGUCGGAAAAUACUGGGUAAGGAGGUCAAGGUCAACUGGGCCACAACACCAACAAGUCAAAAGAAAGACACAAGCAGUCACUUCCAUGUCUUUGUUGGGGAUCUUAGUCCUGAAAUUACCACAGAUGACAUAAAAGCAGCUUUUGCUCCUUUUGGGAAAAUAUCGGAUUGUCGAGUGGUGAAAGACAUGGCCACAGGUAAAUCUAAAGGCUAUGGCUUUGUGUCCUUCUUCAACAAAUGGGAUGCAGAGAAUGCCAUACAGCAGAUGGGAGGUCAGUGGCUGGGAGGCCGGCAGAUCAGGACCAACUGGGCCACAAGGAAGCCUGCUCCUAAAACUCCAAAUGAAACAACCAGUACCAAGCAGCUAUCCUUUGAUGAGGUGGUGAGCCAGUCCAGCCCCAGCAACUGCACCGUCUACUGUGGAGGAGUCACCACAGGCCUCACGGAGCAAAUUAUGAGACAGACCUUCUCACCCUUCGGCCAAAUAAUGGAAAUCCGUGUUUUCCCAGACAAAGGCUACUCAUUUGUUAGGUUCAACUCCCAUGAAGCAGCAGCUCAUGCCAUUGUCUCGGUCAAUGGCACGUCCAUAGAGGGCUAUGUUGUUAAGUGUUACUGGGGCAAAGAAACAACAGACAUGGUUAGCCCCAUUCAGCAGGUUCAUAUGCCACAGCAGAACACGGUGAGCUUUGCGGCGCAGCCCUACAGCCAGUGGGGUCAGUGGUACAGUAACACGCAGCAGAUUGGUCAAUAUGUGCCCAAUGGAUGGCAGGUGCCGAGCUACGGAGUUUAUGGACAGACCUGGGAUCAGCAGGGCUACAAUCAUUUACAUGCUGGUGCCGGAUGGACAGGAGUGGGCGCCGUGAGCAACGGCAGCAUGGUAGAGCCGGGACAGGGAGUCAACGGAACGAUGCUAACCAACCAGGCCGGCAUGAGCGCUGCUGGCUACCACACCCACUGAUCACAGUAGUCCCCUCUCUAAGCCUCUGAGGUCACAAAGGAUGAUACUCUGCUGGGGAAGAAGUGCAUUAGAUGUGCUCUCUCUGUUACCACAAGAAAUUAUUCUCCGUUAGGCAGGCUGGUGCGCCAUUUUAUCAGCCUUACAGCUCAUAACCUCACCCACUGCCCAAAUCUGCAAGUGUAAUCAAAUCUCUCCACUCCAGAACACACACAGCUAAUGCAAAUGCACUGUGCAUUCCUGGGCCCAUUUUAUGAUUUGGUGCGUUUUCAUAAUGACUGCAGAUUAGCGGCCAAAUGAAAAUGAUAAAUUAUGAAGAUAUUUCUGUCACAGUUCAGUUUAAAUAGUCUUUAGUCAAACAGCAGGUUUUGUUUGUUUCAGCCCCUCAGAGCCAAAGAGCAAGGGCAGAUUUUAUACCAGUGUUUAACAAUCAUACAGGGAGGAGAGUCGAGAAACUUUGCCACAGAAAAUACUCAAAUAGUCCAUUAUAAUGCAACGCAACCACAAGAUGAGUGUCGACUAAGGGGUGUUUGUUGUUAUUUUUUGCUCGAUUGGAACAUCUCGCUCCCACUGUUCUGUCUGGUCUGUCCACCCGUUACUGACAUGAAACAUGAAGCCAAGCAAGUUCUCAGGGUGUUGUUAAGUCAUUCUGUGAAAUGUAGGGAAUCACUGAGUAGAUAAAGGCCGGUUGAGGGAAAGCGGAUACCACCAAAACAAAGAAAGACGAGUCACAUUUUCAGCACUCCUUCACUUCAUCUCCCGAAUGGACUGAACAGGCUGAGCGUCCGGUCUGAGGAUACGAAACGUGUGUGUGCUUACGUGUGUGUGCAUGAACUGAUGCUUUUACACACAAGACAACGUCCAGUUCUUCUCUCCCCUGAGACAAAAAAGGACUACGCCUCCUUUUUUUGCUCCAGAUAUAAUUGAAAAAUGUGUCAUUUUCUUCCCGUUUUUUUUUCUUUUGAGCAACUUUAAAAACGAUGACAUUGUAUAAAGAGCUUUUGCCUUUUUUGUUGUUUCAUUUCAGGACUGUCUUAUAAAGAAUCGUUGCAGUGACACCAUGUGACAUGUGAAACCUUUAUGUUUGUUUAUAAAACACAAAGUGGCUGUCAACUGUCAACCUUAUUUUUUAAAAUUAGAUUUUCAAUAUCUAAAAUAAAACCAAUUGCAGGGACUACUGCCACUCUUACCUUACUUUAGGCAGACAACUAUUGCACAAAUUCUUAAGGUUAUCUUUUCGCAAAAUUUGAAAUACUAGUUUUUUUUUUAUGUUUUUGCAUUCCACCUUCUUUUGUAAUUUCAUUUGGAAGUCUGUUUUUAUGUAAAUAACCAAACAGUCUGUUCAACUGUACUGAAUCUGUAUAAAGACAACAUGUUAAUAAAGGAAGCGUGCUUGCUUCUGGUUGGGGAA